ACCUUCUCCUCUUACCCCCACCCCCUACCCUGAGCCCCUCUCUGUCUCUCCGCACCCCCUUCACCCCGACCCUCUCCCCGGCCCCCGCCUCCCCUCCCUCGUCUCGCCCCACCGGCUUCCCACCACGGCCUCUCUCGGCGAGGAAACUCUGGCCUCCGCUUCCUCCUCCUCCGACUCGGACACCGGCGGAGCCUCCCCGCCCCCGCGGAAGAAACCCCGAGCCUCGGCGGCGGAGGGAGCAGGAGAGCCUGGGGCUUCGGCAGGCAGAGCAGGCCUCUCCCCUCCGUCCUCGUCGUCCUCGUCCUCGUCGUCGUCCUCGUCCUCCUCCUCCUCCUCCUCCGUGGUGGUAGUGGUGGGACUCCCCCCGGCUGCUGCCCCUUCCGCCGCCGCUGCCGUCUCCCACCGAAGUAGCGGCCACAGCCUGGUCAGCAGCAGCAUCAUGCAGGCCAACGGGGCAGGAGGAGGAGGAGGAGGUGGUGGCGGCGGCGGUGGAGGAGGAGGGGGCGGCGGGGGCCAGGGACAGACCCAGGAACUCGCCUGCCUGUCGGCCCAGAACGGGGAGUCGUCCCCUUCGUCGUCGUCGUCCGCGGGGGACCUAGCCCACGCCAAUGGGCUUCUGCCUUCCGCCCCCUCCGCCGCCAGCAACAAUAGCAACAGCCUGAAUGUCAAUAACGGGGUCCCUGGCGGGGCGGCCGCCGCAGCCUCCGCCACCGUCACAGCUGCCUCUGCCACCACCGCGGCCUCCUCUUCCUUGGCCACCCCAGAACUGGGCAGCAGCCUCAAGAAGAAGAAGCGGCUCUCCCAGUCAGAUGAGGAUGUGAUUAGGCUAAUAGGACAGCACUUGAAUGGCUUAGGGCUCAACCAGACUGUUGAUCUCCUCAUGCAAGAGUCAGGAUGUCGUUUAGAACAUCCUUCUGCUACCAAAUUCCGAAAUCAUGUCAUGGAAGGAGACUGGGAUAAGGCAGAAAAUGACCUGAAUGAACUAAAGCCUUUAGUGCAUUCUCCUCAUGCUAUUGUGGUAAGAGGCGCACUUGAAAUCUCUCAAACGUUGUUGGGAAUAAUUGUGAGGAUGAAGUUUUUGCUGCUGCAGCAGAAGUACCUGGAAUACUUGGAGGAUGGCAAGGUCCUGGAGGCCCUUCAGGUUCUACGCUGUGAAUUGACGCCACUGAAAUACAAUACAGAGCGCAUUCAUGUUCUUAGCGGGUAUCUGAUGUGUAGCCAUGCAGAGGACCUACGUGCAAAAGCAGAAUGGGAAGGCAAAGGGACAGCUUCUCGAUCCAAACUGUUGGACAAACUUCAGACCUAUUUACCACCAUCAGUGAUGCUUCCCCCACGGCGUUUACAGACUCUCCUGCGGCAGGCUGUGGAACUACAAAGGGAUCGGUGCCUAUAUCACAAUACGAAACUUGAUAAUAAUCUAGAUUCUGUGUCUCUACUUAUAGAUCAUGUUUGCAGUAGGCAGUUCCCCUGUUAUACGCAGCAGAUACUUACGGAACAUUGUAAUGAAGUGUGGUUCUGUAAAUUCUCUAACGAUGGCACUAAACUAGCAACAGGAUCAAAAGAUACAACAGUUAUCGUAUGGCAAGUUGAUCCGGAUACACACCUGCUAAAACUACUUAAAACAUUAGAAGGACAUGCUUAUGGUGUUUCUUACAUUGCAUGGAGUCCAGAUGACAACUAUCUUGUUGCUUGUGGCCCAGAUGACUGCUCUGAGCUUUGGCUUUGGAAUGUACAAACAGGGGAACUAAGGACUAAAAUGAGCCAGUCUCAUGAGGACAGUUUAACAAGUGUGGCUUGGAAUCCAGACGGGAAACGCUUUGUAACUGGAGGUCAACGUGGGCAGUUCUAUCAGUGUGAUUUAGAUGGUAAUCUCCUUGACUCCUGGGAAGGGGUGAGAGUGCAAUGCCUAUGGUGCUUGAGUGAUGGGAAGACUGUCCUUGCAUCAGAUACACACCAGCGAAUUCGGGGAUAUAACUUCGAGGAUCUUACAGAUAGAAACAUAGUACAAGAAGAUCAUCCUAUUAUGUCUUUUACUAUUUCAAAAAAUGGCCGAUUAGCUUUGUUAAAUGUAGCAACUCAGGGAGUUCAUUUAUGGGACUUGCAAGACAGAGUUUUAGUAAGAAAGUAUCAAGGUGUUACACAAGGGUUUUAUACAAUUCAUUCAUGUUUUGGAGGCCAUAAUGAAGACUUCAUCGCUAGUGGCAGUGAAGAUCACAAGGUUUACAUCUGGCACAAACGUAGUGAACUGCCAAUUGCAGAGCUGACAGGGCACACACGUACAGUCAACUGUGUGAGCUGGAACCCACAGAUUCCAUCCAUGAUGGCCAGCGCCUCAGAUGAUGGCACUGUUAGAAUAUGGGGACCAGCACCUUUUAUAGACCACCAGAAUAUUGAAGAGGAAUGCAGUAGCAUGGAUAGUUGAUGGAGAAUUUGGAGCAGACGACUUCUGUUUAACUUAAAAUUAGUCGUAUUUUAAUGGCUUGGGAUUUGGUGCAAACAAACAUGAUUGAUAGCUGGACAGACAUGCUCGUCAUGAAAAAAGAACCAUUUCUGAAGCCCGAUUGGGGCCAAACAUUUACACCUUGCUUCAUAGUAACCAGUUGAGAUGAAGCACGUCGUUAGAACGUUGUUGGACACCAUGUUGAAUUAUCCCCCCAUCGGUUGUGAAGAACUGUGCUACAUUCAGGCUUACCCAUUGAACUCAGUAUAUAUAUUUUUUUCCCCUCUCGCCUUUUGUCUGGCGGGAUACCAUUCUUGUUGCUCUUCUGUGUAAUGAAGUUUAAAUGCUUGUUUGGAAAACUUUAUUUAACAGUUUAGAAGGCUCGAUAGAAAGAGUGCAUUAGUCUGAAGAGUAUACAUUGGAUAGGAAAGAAUUUCCUUUUUUUGUUUCUCCAAAUCUUUCCGCCUUAUUUAGCUUGAGAUCUUUGCAGCUUGGUUCAUGGAUUCUAGCCUUGCCCGUUGCACAGUAUAUACUGAUCCAGAUGAUAAACCAGUAAACUAUGUCAAAAGCACUCUCAAUAUUACAUUUGACAAAAAGUUUUGUACUUUUCACAUAGCUUGUUGCCCCGUAAAAGGGUUAACAGCACAAUUUUUUAAAAAUAAAUUAAGAAGUAUUUAUAGGAUUAAAGUGACUUCAUUUGUAUACAUUUGGAAUCUAAACCAGCUUAAAAACAGUUUCCUCUAUGACUUAGAUACACAGUAUAACUGAUGCUCUUCUGGAGUACCACUAUGAGACAUGGUCAGAAACAGUGCUUGGAAGGACAUUACACAGGAAAUUAAGAGUAAUACUUUGAAGGUUAUUCCCCUUUUGUUUUAUUCCUAAAGGAACAUCAGUACCUAAUCUUGAAAAAACUCAAGAUUUAAAAAGAGAAUUUUAAUAUACCAACAUGAGAGAUCAGUAGUCUGUUUAAGUAUUCAACAAAGCUUGUUCCAAGUUGUUCUCUUCUUAGGAAAUCAUUUUGGUGUGACCUAGAGAGAGUAGAACUCAGCAGAUAUAACCACUUGAGAAGUUUAUAGUACAAAUGAGAUUGUUAGAAGGAUACAGCAGGUUACAAACAUACUUAAACUGGGUUUAAAACCUCACAGUCAUUCCCUUUCAUUGCCCUAUAUAUUUUGACAUCUAGGAAUACAUAAAUUCAAAGAAUAUUCUUUCUCAGUUUUUCAGAUAUUGCCAUAUUGAACCUCAUUCUAAACUGGUGCUGUGGAUAGGCUUUCCCUCUCCCCUCCCCUUUUAGUAUAAAGAAAGGUUUCCUACAUGGAAAAGCACUUUUAAUUUUGAGAAUUUCACAUUUAAAAUAAGCCAAAAGCCUGAUGUUCACAUUGUGCUUUUAAACCUCAACAGACAAAUACGAUGUAUUUAGUCUCCCUUGAAAUACACUCCCUUUUCAGUAGAAGAUGAAUGUGGUGACCACAGCUGUUUUGUUGGGAAGAGAAGUGGGGAUACCCCAAAAAUAAGAUUGUGGUGAAAAAAAGUCUUAAAAGUUCCCCUUUAGACCCAGCCAAGUCUAUAUUUUAUUGCCAUGAGUAGAGUCCUUCAGGAUCCACAAGGAAGAGAGAAGGCUUGGAUGUCCGAAAUUCUUCCAUUGUUGGGGGUGGGGGGUGGGGGAGUAGGUGAUGGCACCAGGGAGAAAGGGGAAAGUCAGGGAAAGGGAGAAGAAAGAAAAACACAAUUGGCCUUAAAAUAGCAUGGAUUCUCCCAAAAGCUCAUAAUAAGAGAAAAAGACAGAUAAUGGUUAGCAGAUUAUUUUAUCAAAUUGGUAUGUAAAGAUUUCUUUAAGCUCAUUUUGCAGAGACCACCACUUAGAGAAUCAAAGAAUUCUUGUUUUGAUAAUUCUAAGUUAAAAUAACUAUGUUACAGUUUAUCUGGUACUUCAUUUUUCUUAACUAAAAUUACUUUUUACUUUAAGCUUGAAUAAAAAUUUUCAUUGGUAACUGUAUAUAA